AUGGAUCGUGUCCUCUUCACAUGCUGGUGCUCGGAGGAAGAGUGCCCGUUAUCCUGUAUCUGUGUCAGAGACUCCGGGACAGUGACCUGCCGGGAUGCCGAACACACUGAGUUACCGGGUGACAUACCGGCGUGGGCGACCACGUUAAUACUCAGGGGGAACAACAUCUCAACGUUACCGGGACGAGCGUUCUCCUCGAAUAACGGGACGGAACUCGAACUAACGACCCUCUCACUGUCACAUAAUGGGAUCAUGGUGAUCGAGGCUGACGCUUUUACGGGACUCCCCAGGUUGAAUUUACUGGAUUUGAGCCACAACCCGUUGGUGUAUAUUUCGGACCGGGCGUUUCACGGUCUGCGGGAGCUCCGUUCUCUUUACCUGAACGACUCGCUCCUUGCUCCAGCCGUGGCGCAGCUCUCCAACGCGCUGCAGGGCACCGAAACGUUACGCAACCUCCACCGGCUGGAGCUGUCAGGCAACCGGUUGAAAACCAUACCCAUCUCACGGUUGGACGCGUUCAACCUCCACACUUUAGUUCUCACCAACAACUCCUUCGAGAACAUUGGUAAAGAGAACAUAUCUAGUUUGUACCACCACAAGAGAGUGCGCAUUUAUUUGUCACUAAAUCCUUUCAGGUGUAACUGUGAACUUGAGUCGUUCUACUUCUGGUUAAAGAACUCUUCUCAAUGUGUGGACUCUGCGCGCCUCCUAUGCGCGGAGCCUGAUGCCAAGAAGGGGAUGCCACUGGAGCGGUUACGCGGUGAGGACGUGGAUUGUCUCAAUGAGAACUUGGAGGCGGUGUCCUACGUGUUCCUAGGGAUAGUCAUGGCACUGAUCGGUAUUGUAUUCCUCAUGGUGCUCUAUCUAAACCGGAGAGGCAUCAAACGGUGGCUCAAUAACAUCCGUGAUGCGUGCCGCGACCAGAUGGAAGUGUACCAUUACCGGUACGAGCAGGACUCCGAUCCCCGGUUGGCUAACGUCGCCGUUUAA